AUGGGGGGAAGGACUAAAUCCGCCGGGCAAACGUUGCUCACCGCUUUUCCCUUCUCCUUUGAGAUCAUGUCUUAUAAAGUGCCCGGCGACUUCAAAUUCCUGGAACAGGCCACCUUUGACGGGUCCGGAGACCCACGCGAGCAUCUGCUCAGUUAUCAGGCCAAGAUGCAAGUCUUAGGAGUCCGAGACCCGGUAAUGUGUCGCGCCUUCCUGCCCACGCUGAAAGGCUCGGCACAAAGAUGGUUGGUGGCGCUGCCUCCAGGAUCGAUCCACAAUUUCGAGGAGUUUACCGAUCGCUUCAUGAGCCAUUAUGCGGCCAACAUCAAACCACAGAAGGAUUUGACCCAUCUGGGAGACGUCAACCAAGAAGAAGGUGAGUCCUUGAAAACCUACUUGGUUCGAUGGCAAAAGGAGAUCCAGUCUAUCGAGGAGGUCGAAGACCAGACCGCACUCACUUUCUUCAUCGAGUCCUUGCGAUCCGGGCAGUUAUACCGGGAUUUGCGGGAUAAUCGCACGGCCACCUACGUGGAAGCCAUGCAUAUGGCUAAUAAGAGGGCUAACACGGAGCAGGCCAUGAAGCAUAAACGGCAGCGCGAAGUCGGAGGAUCCACCGGUGGAAAGAGGACCCAUGCGGAAACCAAGGAAAGACGCCCGGAAGGGGCUCGGCGACCCGAAGUUAGGCGUCCCUAUGACAAGCCUAUCGUUCAUCCCUAUAGACCGGCUCCUCAACCCCCGGUACACGAGGUACAAGCAGUCGCUCCACCUCCACCCCCGCCAACUGACGAUCGCGUGACCAACGAGGAGACAGGUAAGGUUUCUAAGUACUGCCGUUAUCAUAAAUCUUACACUCACAGCACGGAAGAGUGCUUUUACUUGAAGAAGAUCAUGGAGGGAAUCAUCCAACAAGGGACCCCGCCUCCUAAUCAAUGGAGGAGAAGGUCGGCGGCCUGGGAGGACAGUGACCCCGUAGUUGCCGCCGAGAGCAGCCGCAGCAAGCAGCCCGUGAUUGAGGAGGAUGAGGCCCAAUGGCGUCAGAAGCCGGUUAUUAACAUGAUAGUCGGCGGGCCAGAGGGGGGUGACUCGACGAACACUAGAAAGGCCUGGGCUCGGCAACUUUAUGUCGGUAUCGUAUACGGGCGCGAAGAAGGUUCGAAGAAAGUGUGCCGGGAGCCCAUCAUGUUCACUGACAAAGACCUACCCACGGGGGAGACACCACAUCGAGAUGCCCUGGUCAUAGCGAUGGACGUAAAUGGGGUAGUCAUCCGACGAAUCCUGGUAGACACUGGGAGCAGUGUCAACGUGCUAUACCUCGAUACUUUCACAAAAAUGGGAUUAACCCGAGAACAGCUGAAUCUGGUCAAGACACCACUCACCGGUUUCACCAGAGACUCGAUGGAGGCAGAGGGAUCCAUUACCUUACCGGUGGAAGUCGGCAGCUACCCCGACGUACAGAAGCUCAACAUGAAAUUCAUCGUGGUGGACUUAGUCUGCUCAACAAUGUUAUACUCGGCCGACCAGGCCUGGAGGAUCUAG